AUCCCUUUUUAUCCUUCACUCUAUUGCCUUGUACGCCGACGUAGUACCAGAUACUGCAUUUUGAACCACAUCUUCCAGACCGCCUUGAUCGAGACUUUUUGAGUUUCCAUCCUAAGUAGCAGCUCCGGGCCGCAGUCACCCGUUGCUUGAACGUGUUGCAUGCGACGCACAGUGCAGUCACUAACCUCGAUCUCGUCUAUAGCUUACUCGUAUACUCUCUCGCGUAUACCCUUAAUCCAUCUAGAAAGUCGUCUGCAGCAGUGAAGGAGUGGAAUAUGUCUUCAGGCGGGUUGCAUUCACUCGCCACCAUCAUCAAGCGGCUUGAAGCAGCUACUUCUCGUCUAGAAGAUCUUGCUGCUCUCGGUGCACCUAGUCAGCAGGCAUCGGUCAGUUCGUAUGGAUCCCCUGUGAAUGCGGAACCUACACCUGUUCCGCCUCCUCCGGAAACGUUUGUGCAUACAGAGAUUCCGAAUAGCGUGAAGGCGUUCGACGACCGGAUUAUUGGAGGUAAAUUGAAGCAAUUCGUAGACAUUACGAAGGCCAAGGGCUUUGCUCCCCAGUCAGUCAUUGACCAGGUUGCGUUGGUUGAGAAGGAAUACGUCGACCUGCGUGCGCUGCUUCUCCAGGCAACCGUGUGCAAGAAACCUUCGGAUGAUGCGUCAUUCGCUCAGCUGCUUCAACCUCUACAGAAAGAUAUCGAAGGGAUCACUCGUGCCAAGGAAUCGAAUCGCAAGGACAGAGACUGGUUCAAUCACUUGAGCACUGUAGCUGAGGGUGCGGUUGCUGUCGGUUGGGUUACUGUCGCUCCUAAACCCGGCCCCUACGUGAAAGAUAUCAAGGAGUCCGCGGAAUUCUAUGCUAAUAAGGUUCUCAAAGAGUGGAAGGAUAAAGCUCCUGGGCAUGCAGAAUGGGUCCGAAGCUUCCUCGCUCUCCUCGAGGAAUUGCGUAAAUACAUCAUGGACUUCCACACGACCGGCUUGGUUUGGAAGGCCGACGGUAUCUCCAUAGAUCAGUACAAAGCACCAUCCACUGCAUCUCCAGCAGCAGCAAUACCUCCUGCUGCUGCUGGUGCGCCUGCGCCUCCACCUCCACCUCCACCUCCGCCGCCUGCACCCGUGGCCCCUCCUCCCCCUCCAGCAGGCUCUGCCCCUGCGGCUGGUGGAGGUGUUGCUGCGGUGUUCGCUGAUCUUAACAGAGGAGAAGAAGUUACUAAAGGACUGCGCAAGGUCGACAAGAGUGAGAUGACCCAUAAGAACCCUGCUUUGAGGGCAGGUAGCACAGUGCCUGCUUCCACAAGCUCACAUGCUGUGAAACGCCCAACAAAACCUACCAAGCCACAGGCUCUGAUGGGCAAGAAGCCGACGAAGUUCGCUCUGGAAGGCAACAAAUGGGUCGUUGAAUACUUCGAGAAUGAUACUAGUUUGAAGGUCGAGGAUGGUGAUAAAACUCAGACAGUCAACAUCUACGGCUGCAAGAACUCUACCAUCCAGGUUACGGGCAAAGUUAACGCUGUCACACUAGUGAACUGUGUGAAAACCUCUGUCCUCGUUGAUUCUGUCAUUUCCUCGAUAAGCGUCACAAACUCGCCGUCCUUCGCUCUCCAAAUUACUGGUGCAGCGCCUACCAUCCAACUAGACUCGACAGAUUCCGGUCAGAUCUACCUCUCGAAGGAUAGUCUCGGUGUCGAGAUCACAACGGCGAAGUGCAGUGCCAUCAACGUCAGUCUGCCUGUAGAAAACGAGGAAGAUGGUGUGUUCCAUGAACACCCGAUCCCGGAGAUGUUCAGGACGACGGUGAAGGAUGGCAAGCUUGUUACGACCUUUGUGGAGCACUCUGGUUAGGUGGUUUCGUGAGAGGGAUGGCAUUGUGGCGUGGCAUUGUGGAUGAAGUGGUUCAUACGGAUUGUACUAAUGUUGGAUAAUGGUCGUCGCCUCAAGUGUUCUGUGUUCUAAGUUCUAUCCGCGUCUACCCGAUUGAGUCUGAGCGACACAAGAGCCAAAGUGAGGCGGAUUCUGUCAAGCACUGUCAAGCCACUCCCGCCAAGCGCAUUUUUGGCACUGCACUGACUCCGUCGGUAUCCACUUGUAUAAGUACAUAAGACAAAAUUAUCAACUGGGCAAAUCAACGAAAGGAGGCAUCCUCUCUCCUUACCUCC